UAAGAGACGAAUUAAAAAUUAUGUAGGUAUAAAUUCGAUCACGUCAUCCCUUCUCCCUCUUGCAAGAACACUUAACUUCCUUUGCAACCAAAAAAAAAAUCGACAUCCAUCUCUACCUCCAUCCACGUGUUUUACCUCUUCGAUUCCCCAUUAAUUACACAAUUUGCCAUUCUUUCUACCCAUUUUCGUCCGUUACGACGAUAAACUAAUCAAUCUUAUCUUCCCCUUUUUAUCAUCAUCGGAUUCCCUUUAGAUCUAACGUCUAGGAAUCAACUUUAUACACAAAAGCAAGAAAACACUGGCGUUUUCCGCAGCAUACAAAAACCCCAUUUUCCUCCCUGUGCUACCAAUUCCCUUUCUAUCAAUUUCUUUAGCUUUAUAUAUAUAUAUAUAUAUAUAUAUUUAUUUAUUUAUUUUUAUAUAUUUAUCUUCCCUAAUUUCUGGUUGGUAUGAGUUUAUAUGUUGGUGUGGAUUAUCAACCAUGCCCAACGUCCCUAAGUCUCACAAAUACUCUUCACUCUCCAUCUUCGAACAACCCAUUGCAAAGGACCCUUGGCCCUUUUCUUGUUCUUCCUUGUAACUUUCUUUUUCUUUAAAGAAAGUAGGGUUUUUGCCUUUGGGGUUCUUGUUCUUGGGGUUUUUUUGGGUAAUUGUUGGAGAAAUGGGUAGUGGAGAGAAAAGUUUGAGGAGCUUUCAUUUACACCUACCACACCUUCAUCAUCAUCAUGGGAAGAAGCAAGCGAGGGAUGUGCCAAAAGGAUGUUUAGCUAUCAAGGUUGGAUCAGAAGGAGAGGAGCAACAGAGAUUUGUGGUGCCUGUUAUAUACUUUAAUCACCCCUUGUUCAUGCAACUGUUGAAAGAAGCUGAGGAAGAGUAUGGGUUCGAUCAGAAGGGUACGAUCACAAUCCCAUGUCAUGUAGAGGAGUUUAGGAAUGUCCGGGGCUUGAUUGAUAGGGAAAAGUCCCUUGAUCAUCAACAUCACAUCGGAUGUUUUAGGGUUUGAAUUCUUGUUAGUAACAGAUAAAAAAGAACAAAAAAGAUAAAAAUGAUUUAUGGUUUUCUAUGUGCCAAACAAGGGCGCCCUAAACCAUGAAGAAAUAGAUUUUAAUUAGUAGUAUAAUCUUUUUCUUGGUUUUGUAAAUUCGGGAGUGUUUUUCAUUUUUAGUUUGUUUUAUUGCUUUUUCCUGUUUCUUGGUAGACCUUAGAUGGUUGGUUGAUAAGGAUGAUGAUAAAAGAUGAUGCGAUAAUAACCAAAAUGUUGCUUGCAAUUGCAGUGACUUCGUUAUUUUGUUAGGAACCACAAUGAAAAAGAAGAAGUAACUGCCUUUUUCUUUUCUUUUGUUAUUCUUUUCUCUUCUUUUCUUUCCUUUUCUUUUCUUUUCAAUGCUAAAGAUGAAUAUUUUGAAGAAUUGAAUGGUGUCUGGCAUCAGUAGAAUAGACAAGAGCUUUUGGUAGGGUCAUUGCUUUUGCUUUAAGUUUGAAAUAUUGGGCACGAUAACUGUGGAAAUCACUCUCAGUAAUCAUGAAGUUAAUUAAACUGGCUAAAAAUUUUACAUUUAGUGGUGAGGCAUGAAAUGUUUGGAAUUUCAUUUUUCCUUCUAUGCCAACUCUUGAAAAAUGACAUUGAUAUGUUGCUGAAGUUCAUAUCAAAAAGUCUUAUCAGCAAAUGAGCAACAAAAGUUAAAAGAGUAGUACUUUACAA